AUGGCGCCUUCCCUACUUGACAAGCAGUCCCAAGUGGUCUUCUUCUCAGCCACGGCUAUAGCACUAUAUGGCUACGACCAGGGGAUGAUGUCCCUCAUAAACACCAACAACGACUAUCUCUCGACCAUGGGCAUCGCCGAGGAAGAUCCACUCGUUGGUGUGAUCGUUGCCGUCUACUAUCUUGGAUGCACCGUUGGCGCCAUCCUUGCUUCCUGGCUCUCCAACACGCACGGCCGGAAACUUUCAAUUAUUGUCUGCCUCACCACCGCUAGCAUCGGCAACCUCAUCAUGUUCCUCGCCGGCUACAACGGCAUGUCUGGCGCGAUAUACGUCAUGCUCAUCGGACGCAUCGUCAUGGGAUUAGGCCUCUCCGAAGACGACGCUCGCGGCACGGCCCUAGCACAAGAAUUCCAAGCCAACAUCUUCGGCCUAAACAUGGCCUUCAUCGUGAACCUCGCCUUGACCCACAACUUAGGCAAAUUCAACCAGUGGGCCUGGCGCAGCCCGAUCAUCAUCAUGCAAGUCUUUCCCGCAGUCAUGAUGGCGGUGGCAGGCCUCCUUCCCGAAACACCUCGUUGGUACGUUCUACACGAAAAGCCCGAGAAGGCAGAGAAAUCCAUUGCGAAAGUCUGGGGCCAAGACGCCGUGGACGAGCGCAUCAAGUCCUUGAAAGAAGCCCACGAGAAGGAACUCGAGGACGGCUCCGGCAAACUCACCUACGCCGAUCUGUGCCUGCCCGGCCGCGACCAGUUCCACCCCACGGUCAUCACCGUCAUGGGCCAAGUCAACCAGGCCCUGACGGGCUACGGAGCUGUGAGCGUCUACGGCCCACAGAUCUUCGAACUCCUCGGCUUCCAAGUCACUGACGCCGAGUACCUGACCAUGGGCAACUACCUCUUCUAUUUCGGCAUGAUGACUCUGGCUUGGAUCUUGAUCGACCGCAAAGGCCGUCGCUGGCUGCUCGUGUCGGGCUCAUUCUGGCUAGCAGUUUCAUUCGCUCUGCUGACCCUGCUCGGCGGCCUGGCCUCCAAUCGCGGUAGUCUCGGCAUUCCGCUCCUGGCGACCGGCGUGCCCGGCAUCAUAACGCUCUACCUCGCUACGGCAGCUUUCGGCAUCUGCUGGCUCACUCCGCCCUUCCUCAUUCCCACCGAAAUCUACCCAUCAUCUUGCCGCGCACAAGGCUCAGCUAUCUCGGUGAUCAUCUGGGGACUCGCGAACUUCACGAUCACGCUCCUGACACCCAUCGGCUUCAACAACCUCGAGUACUGGCUCUUCGCGGCGUUCGCAGUCACGAAUGGCUUUGCGGGCGUGUGGACGUGGGCGUAUAUUCCGGAGAGCGGACAUCGGUCGUUCGAGGAGAAUCAGAAGUUCUUUGAAGAGGCGGAGAAGGAGGGGAGCUGGCGCGUGGGGCGUGUCAAGGGAGGCGAGUGGAGGAAUUUGCCGAAUGGGGGUGGUGGGGAAGGUGAUGAGGAGGAGCAGGAUGGUGGAGGGGCAAGGAAGAAGAAUGGCAACGGUGGAGAUGAGAGGAGACACUGCUGGGGAGGAGGGACAGCGAUUGAUCGGGGCUCUGUUGUGGUGCAAGCGAUGUCUCCGCUGGAAGCAUGGAAUCUAAGCUAUGGGAUCACGUAG